GGAAGGGACUCCGAGUCGCCACUGGGAGGAGCCCUGCAGGUGUCUGUGGGGUUGCUGCUGCUGCUGCGGCUGGGGAGGGUGGCGGCAUGACUGGGAAGGAGCCGCUGCUGGGGACCCUGAAAUCGUGCAUCCUCGCCAUCAAGGAGGGGAGCAGCCCGUGCACUGACGCCUCCCCUCACCUAGCCCCCUUCUGCGAGAUCCUGGAAACGAUCCUUCGAAAAGGAAUUAAACAGCCGGUGCUGGGUUUCAAGAGACGGGAUUAUUGGCACUGGUUAGAGCAGCUUCCUCAGCAGGAUACCUGCAGUGGGGUGACCCCCUUCUCAAUCAUGGUAGAGAAAGCCAGUUCCUGUGAGAAGGUACUGACAGCGCAGGGACGAGGGCGGUACUUCCUGCGCCUAGCUUUAAAUCAGAAGUCACUAGCUACUGCCAUUCAGCAGCUGGCUCGGAGUCCAAAACUGCUGGAGUGUUACGAUCCUCUGGUCUCAGUGCUGGGAAAUGAAGAUUUCAUGGAGCCGUUUCUCUCACUGAUGCUAGUGGUGUCAGAGAUGAAUUUCUCCCUGGAUCUGCAGAAUUCCAGUUUCUUGGAUGAAAGCUGGCUGCUGCCGGUGUGUGUGACCUAUGACACUGUACCCUGCAGAGAACUGGGGAUGGUGCUCAGGUACUUGGACGGUCGGAUCUUCGUCAUCGAGGUGCUUCCCGAGAGCCAGGCAGAGGUGGACGAGGUGGUGCUGGCUGGAGAUGUCAUUGACGAGAUCAGUGGCUUUUCCCUGAGAAAUGCACGCAACGGACAGGCAGGGACUAUGCUGCAGAAGCUGAAGGGCAAGCCCCUGAGCUUCCGCAUGAUCCGGUGGAAAUGGCAUGAUGGAGGGAUGUACAAGCCGCUGCUGCCCUACCUGAAAGUGCUGAGGGAGAAGGUCCCCAGCUUCCAGCUCCAACAGGAACACAGACACAAAGAGGAGAAGGAGGAGCGGUGCCUGCAGGGGGGCAGGCUACUGUACAACUUGCGGUACCUGGGCCAGGCCAAUGUAGGAAAGUACGGUGGCAAGGAGGUGCUGGACGAAGGCAUACCCACGGUGUUAGAGCAGCACCUGUGCCCACGGGAAGUUUUAUUUGACGUGAAAGAAACUGAAGUCUUCAUACAAGAGAAAACCUCUUCCAAGGUUCUGUUCCAGUACCCCUAUCCAGGGAUCUCCUGUGUGGGUCGCCGUCUGGAUAGCAACAAUCUUUUUGCCUUUUGUGUUGCAGUUUCACCAGGGACCCCUGAACAGAGUACCUUUGACUGUCUGGUGUUUGAAUCAAAUUCUGAGAAUGAAUGUGAAGAAAUUAUCAAGAGAAUUGAUUAAUCAUUCUGUAAAGGCGAAGAGGGUGCUAGAGCCACCCCCUUAAACCUUAAGAGUUUGCAGAAGAGUAACUGGUAAUAAGUGCUUGUUCCCUCAGCUGCUGGAUUUAAACACACUGAAUGGUUUGUCUGAUGAGAAGGGGGAGUGAUGGCUCUAGCUCUGAGCAUUCUCCAGUAACUCCAGUGACCCACAUUUGGAGCCCUGGUGACAAUUCCAUCCUAUUUUCAGAGGCUAAGACCUUGACAAUGGAUUAAGAGGCUGUCUUCACCUGUAACAUGAACUGAAUUUAGGAUUUUUAAACUGUCAGAAUUUUGGAAGGGUUUCAAAUGCAUUCUGUUCUAAGGUAUGUCUGAAACCCAAGCCUAACUUACUGCCUAGUCUCAACAUCAUAAACUGUUUCUUAAUUCCCUAUGGAGAGAGUUUCACUAAAAGCUUUCAAAGUUCUGUGGAAUAAAACAUGGGAAUAACA